AUGCUGCGCCUGGUGGGCUUUCUUGUGAUCGCCCUCGCAACCGGGCUCCGGUCCAAGAGCGAUUCGGCCUGGCCCUGGGAGGAGCACCGCGCGAGCUCUGCCGAAGAGCUUCAGGAGCUCCUGAGCACAGUGCUGGCGGAGAGCAGCGCAGCUGAGGUCACAGUGGAAGAGCCCGGAGAUGCGGAGGCACGGGAGCGGACGCUUCGAGAGCGGAUUGCCAGCAUCAGGAAGGACUGGCAGAGCGCCAGCGCAAGUGUUUGCCAUCAGCAGCUCGGGCGGCUGAUGAACAUCCUCACGCUUAAAUGUGACCGCUUACAGCCGAAAGCCGACUGGCUUCUCGACUACUACGUGCCGGCCCUUCCGAACAAGACGUGCGCCGAUAGUGUCAGCGACAUCUUCGCGUUGGGACACGAAUUGGUGGAAACCCUCCGCGUCUCCAGAGAUUCUGUUGCUUCCGUGGAUGUGGCCGGCGAAACGCUCCGUCGAUAUCAAGCACUCUCCUUUCUGAGGAGCUGGCUAGUGGACCUGACCAAGACUUUUCAGCAUGCGCUGCUUUGGGCUGGCUUCUGGGACGGUGACCCCGAGAACCGCACGACGCAAGCCGCACUCUCCAACUUUGCCAAAGCAAUAGAGCACGCGACCUUGCACCCGAACACCUUCUUGGGCCAAGCCAUCGAGGUGAGCGAGAACCUCGACGCCUGCUACCAAGAUACCCAGACCAGAGCGCUUGCAGGGAACAUGUGGUCCAUCGCAAGCAUGAGCUUCGUGCUCGGGAUGCGCGAAAGAGCACAAGGAACCGUCAUCGCGCUGGUCAACAAACAGAUCACGGGCGAGCGUAACUUGUCAGAGUCCGUGCUGUCCACGCAUGAAAUCCCAACAGUGGGGCUCGCAGCCUGGGGCCUCGGGUUCUGGUCUCCGAAAGUGCUUGUUGUGGACCUCAUGGGCACGUGCGACCAGACGAGCCCGGCGCUACAGAAGCGGCUCCUCGCUCGCCUGCCCUCUUGGGCCAAGUCAAUGACGAACUGGAGCCCAGAAGCCUUCGCGAUGAGGUCGCGGCUCCGGUGGCAGUGCAUCGACUGCUCGGGCGCUUGCAGCCUGGACGACGCCAUGGCAGAGCACGUGGAGAAGCUGGUCGAGGCCAAGGAGGAGCAGGACCGGAAGGACCAAGAGCUCCGUCAGGUCGCGAGCCCACAACUCGCAGCCCAGGUCGCUACUGGGCUCAGCGGAGAGGAGGUCCGGCUCGCGGACAUGCUGAUGUCUUCGCUUGACGACUGGCCUUCGUUGAAGAAGCUGAGCGACCACACGCUUGCACUGAGAGUGGAGCGGACCCUGCGCGAGCAGGCUUCUAAAAUUGUUGUUGCAGGAGAGAAAGACACCCGCCCGCAUCUUCGGGUGGAGCAGCUGCUUCGCCAGAAUGCGGAUCCGAGCUCGCCGGACCAACUCGGCCGCACAGCCCUCAUGGUCGCUGCUUUCAGUGGCCACAUGAAGGUCGUCGAGGCGUUGCUGAGGGCCAGAGCCCAGUUGGAGGCCCGCAGUGAGGCUGGCGAAACGGCCCUCACAAUUGCAGCAAUGAAUGGCCCCCUGAACGUGGUCGCGGAGUUGGUGCAGGCCGGAGCCCAUGCAGAGGCCUGUGACGUCGAUUGCCUCAUCUCUGUCGCAACGCAGGGCCACCCGAAGGUGUUCGAGGCAUUGCUGAAGGCCGGAGUUCCGCUGGAAGCUCGAGAUGAAAGAGGUAUGACAGCCCUCCUCCGUGCCGCAGGGCUUCUCAAGGUGCACGCGGUCGAUGUUCUGGUGAGGGCCGGAGCCCAGCUGGAGGCCCGCGACGAGUCUGGCAACACAGCCCUCAUGUACGCUGCAGAGAGCGCCAACUUGGAGGUGGUUGAGGUCUUGAUCAGGGCCGGAGCCCAGCUGGAGGCCCGCCGUGGGGAUGGCCGGACAGCCCUCAUGCUGGCCGCACAAACCGGCCAGCUGAAAGUGGUCGAGGCGUUGGUGAAGGCAGGCUCUCAGCUGGAGGCCGACGAUAAGCGUGGCACCACAGCCCUCAUCUUCGCUGCAGACUUCGGCAACCUGCAAGUGGUCGAGGCCUUGCUGAAGGCAGGAGCCCAGCUGGAGGCCGCUAGCCAGGAUGGCACAGCUCUCAUUGUCGCUGCGGAUCAUGGCCAUUUGAGGGUUGUCGAGGUGUUGCUGAAGGCCGGAGCCCAGCUGGAGGCCCGCCAUGAGGAAAGGCUCGGCUCCACAGCCCUCAUCUAUGCUGCACGCCGCGGGCAUUUGCAGGUGGUCGAGGCAUUGCUGGAGGCCGGAGCCCAGCUGGACGCCCGCACUGAGGGUGGCUUCACAGCCCUCACUUGGGCUGUGGUUGAAGGGCAGCUGCAGGUGGUCGAGGCCUUGCUGAAGGCAGGAGCCCAUGCAGAGGCCCGUGACAGGGAGCUCGCACAAGAUGAAGGGCACCUGCAGAUCGCGGACAUCCUGUUGAAAGACAUCGCGGCCAAAUCAAGCCCGAGAGAGCCUAAAAUCUUGUUCUGA